UUCCAGUUUUAUGGCUACCUGUCCCAGCAGCAGAACAUGAUGCAGGACUACGUGCGGACGGGCACCUACCAGCGCGCCAUCCUGCAGAACCACACAGACUUCAAGGACAAGAUCGUUCUUGAUGUUGGCUGUGGCUCUGGGAUCCUGUCGUUUUUCGCCGCCCAAGCUGGAGCAAGGAAGAUCUAUGCAGUGGAGGCCAGCACCAUGGCCCAGCAUGCCGAGGUCUUGGUGAAAAGUAACAACCUCACCGACCGCAUCGUGGUCAUCCCUGGGAAGGUGGAGGAGGUCUCGCUGCCUGAGCAGGUGGACAUCAUCAUCUCGGAGCCCAUGGGCUACAUGCUCUUCAAUGAGCGCAUGCUCGAGAGCUACCUCCACGCCAAGAAGUACCUGAGGCCUGGCGGAAACAUGUUCCCCACCAUUGGUGAUGUCCACCUCGCACCCUUCACGGAUGAACAGCUCUACAUGGAGCAGUUCACCAAGGCCAACUUCUGGUACCAGCCAUCCUUCCAUGGAGUGGACCUGUCAGCCCUCCGAGGUGCUGCGGUGGAUGAGUAUUUCCGGCAGCCUGUGGUGGACACAUUUGACAUCCGGAUCCUAAUGGCCAAGUCUGUCAAGUACACGGUGAACUUCUUAGAAGCCAAAGAAGGAGAUUUGCACAGGAUAGAAAUCCCAUUCAAAUUCCACAUGCUGCAUUCUGGGCUGGUUCAUGGUCUGGCCUUCUGGUUUGACGUUGCUUUCAUCGGCUCCAUAAUGACUGUGUGGCUGUCCACGGCCCCGACGGAGCCCCUGACGCACUGGUACCAGGUCCGGUGCCUGUUCCAGUCACCGCUGUUCGCCAAGGCCGGGGACACGCUCUCAGGGACAUGUCUGCUUAUUGCCAACAAAAGACAGAGCUACGACAUCAGUAUUGUGGCCCAGGUAGACCAGACGGGCUCCAAAUCCAGUAACCUCCUGGACCUAAAAAACCCUUUCUUCAGAUACACAGGCACGACGCCCUCGCCCCCGCCCGGCUCCCACUACACGUCCCCCUCGGAGAACAUGUGGAACACCGGCAGCACAUACAACCUCAGCAGCGGGAUGGCCGUGGCUGGGAUGCCGACCGCCUACGACCUGAGCAGUGUUAUCGCUGGUGGGUCCAGCGUGGGCCACAACAACCUGAUCCCUUUAGCCAACACGGGGAUUGUCAAUCACACCCACUCUCGGAUGGGCUCCAUAAUGAGCACGGGGAUUGUCCAAGGGUCCUCUGGCGCUCAGGGCAGCAGCGGUGGCGGCUCCAGUGCCCACUACGCGGUCAACAGCCAGUUCACCAUGGGCGGCCCUGCCAUCUCGAUGGCCUCGCCCAUGUCCAUCCCGACCAACACCAUGCACUACGGGAGCUAGGCCCCCCCGGUGGGGACGGACUGACAGCACCAGGAAACCAAAUGAAGACCCUACCCACCCCACCCCUCCACCCAGGCGGCUCUCACCCCUGUGCUGGAGAAGCCCAAACACCCGGUCACAGCCCUCUUUGCUAUGGGAACUUGAACACUUUUUUACACAACGUUGCCGCCGCCGCCCCUACCCCACUGCCCUCCCCCCAGUCUUGGCCCUGAGCGUGUCGCUGCCGUAUUUUACACACGAUCAUGUCGUGGGAGACCUGUUGCCCCCUCCUGCCCUCUCCACCCUGACCUGGGUUUGACAUCUUCUGUACCAGGCGUGUCUGAGCCUGACAGCUGCAGGCCUGGCCUGAGGGAGGUGGGCAGCUGCUGCCCUGCCCAUCCCCUGGGCCGCCCCCAUUGCCUGUCUCCAGUGGGCAGGCCCUCUGGGCUGGGUGGGGCCUCCCCUUCAACUACCAGGCCUUCGUCACAAUGGGCGUGACAUGCUGCUUUUUUUAAUUUUAUUUUUUUACAAAAAGAACCAGUGUCAAUCCACAGACCCUCUGAGAAAUCAGGCCGGCCGGGCCGAGCCAGCAGCCCCUCUCCCCCACUCAGAGGCUCAGUGGUGAGGGGAGGCCCUGCCGAGUCUUCAGGAUGGGGUGGGGCCGGGCCUCUGGAGCCCCUCGGCCCCCUCCCACCAAAGGGUUCACCUCACACUUGAAUGUACAACCCACCCGGCUGUCGGGAAGGCCCUCCGUCCUCGGCCCCUGCCUCUUGCUGCUGUCCUGUCCCUGAGCCCCUGCAGGGCCCCCUCCCCAACCCGCACCAAGAGCUAGAACAGGUGGCCCCAUGGGCCCUGGGCCUGGAGGGAAGGGUCACCGUCAGCCACUUGGGGCAGACGCAGAAACCUCAAGGGUCUGUCAUGAAAGGCGUCCUUUCUCCUCGUAGCUAAUGUUAGGCCUGUGUAUCCCCUUCAGUAUUUGUAGAUGCUCCAGUCCCUACUACCAUGAUGGCAUUUUGGUCCCUCCCCAGCCUGGGAAGGAAGAGCCUGGGAAGGAAGGGGCCUUGCAGGGACCUCUCCAAAAAAAAAAAAAAAAAAAAAAGGAAAAGGAAAAAAACAAAAAAACAAAAUAAACAAGGAAAUGUAUGUUUCAGCACAGGCAAUUUUCUUCCGCUCCCCAUUUCUAACACCCCAGACUCGGACGUGGCGGAGCUCAGGCUAGGCCCAGGGCCCACUAACUCCGGAAAGAGCAGGCCCAGCCGAGGCUGGGGUGGCCCCUUUGCCACCCGCCCUGGCAGACGGCCCAUGGGGUGAUGGCCACCCCGGAAGCUCCCUGUGCUGCCCCUCUCCCGCCUUUAUAUAAAUUCUCUGAAUCACCUUUGCAUAGAAAAUAAAAGUGUUUGCUUUGUAAGAAAA